AUGAUGUUAUAUGCAUCAACCUUGGUGUCAUACACAUGCGUCAUAGUUGUCCAGACCUGCAACCUUUUCAUGGCAAAACGCGGAUUCAAGCUCUUUGCGCUGGCUUUGUCCAUUCUAGUUGGCAGGUCUUUGUUGGCUUUGGUUGAGAUACCACGAACGACGCAAGACAGAUACAGGCGUCCAAGCAAGACUGCAAGGCCAGUAGAGCCUCUUACUUGGGCAACAUAUUUGGACCCAAUUGCCAGUGCUGUAGGGGUAUCAUUGACGGAUAUCGGAAAGCAAGUUUUGGAUGCAAGCAAGAAUUUUCGCCCGAUUGAAAAGGUGAAACGAUUGGAGAAUGUCAACGAUGCCCACCAGCACGCCAUACUCCUUGCAAAGAAACUGAUGGAUAGAGCCAAGACGUCACAGGAAGCCCGAAACAUCGUUGUGCCCAACAUCUCAUUGCCACUCAUCCCCGUGAAUGGCACAGAGUUUCAGCAUUUGGUGACAAGUGUGCUAUCCGAUGCAACCUCCACGGGAGUCUCUUCGAUUCAUGCUGAACCAGGCACGGGCAAGUCCGUUGCCGUAGUUUUAGCCAUGCUGACAUGGGCAAAACACAACCCAAAGUGCAUCACUGUCUUGAUACGAGGACACCUGCAACUGCUCGAAGAUUUCUUUAGAGUUAGCAAGGAAGCCUAUGUGACAGCUGUUGCAGAAAACUUUUUUCCAAUCUUGUCCGAUGCGGGAUUUCGCGUGCAAUUGGUUCUUGACAACAUCUUUGACAAGGAACUCGGUGAGGGUGGGAAGAUGCUGAUGAGCCUUGCCCGCGCCGCCUUCAAACAUGGACAAGUGGUAGUCGUCACGCAGACGCGUGAAGUCGCUGAGGAAGUUGGUUUGCUCAAUGGGGCACGAACACGUGUAUCGCCACACCAGAAGUGCAAUGUCAGCGAGUACAGGUGGAAUAAGAUGCAGGCAUCCAGACUCCUCCUGCAUUUGAAUGCAACUGCAAAGCUGAACGACAGGAGAAAGUCCCGCAAAACAAGGUGGUGGCACAAGAUGUUACACGCAUUCAAGAGAAGCACCUAG